AUGUUCACGGAUGCAAUAGGGAAUGCAGGGUACUCUCUGCUGAAAGAUUUAAGAGCUGAAAUUGAAGUGAAGGAUGGAACUUUUUCUCUCUGCUUUUGGGUUUAUCUGGCCAACUCAACUACGUUUCCUGCUACCAUUAUUCAGCAGUUCUCAAAUCCCACUUAUGUUGUAGCACCUGUUUUGCAAUCUCGCUCGGGCCGUCAAGAUUUGAAAAAGCUGUUUGAAUUUAUAAAUGAACCUGAUGGAGAAGAGAAUCUACCAAGUGAGUUGGCUUCUGCAGUGCCCCAGACCAUCACUGUCACCCCAGAAGAGAAUGAGGCUAUUCAAAGGCUUCAAGAUAUGGGAUUUGAUAGAGAUCUUGUGUUGGAGGUGUUCUUUGCAUGCAACAAAAACGAGGACCUGGCAGCCAACUAUCUUUUGGAUCACCAGAAUGAAUUUGAAGACUAAGAAGAUGGUUCUGUUUCAUCUUCACAAGCUAUGCUUCUUUGAUGUCGUUGCUUAUCAUCUGAACUCUUUGGAGAAGUGGCAAUGUCAAUACUUAUUUGCUUAGCUUUAUUAUUGAUCCUCGUGAACCAUACUGCCUGUAGAUUAUUAAUUUCAGACCAUUGACUGGAAAAUAUAGAUGCCAAGAAAUCGAUAGGUGCUUUUAUUCUUCUGCA